GAGGAGGGAGGAGGAGAGAGAGAGAGAGACGGGAGCGGAGGGAUGGGAGGCUCGCUGGCGAAGCGGCACACCGAAGCGAGCUGAAACAGCGUGAAUGUGGAUGUGUGCGGGAGAGAGGGGGGUGCGUGCGUGUGUGUGGACGCGCCAGCCAGGAGCAAAGCAGGAGAGAGGAGCUUGUGACAGUCCGACUGGGCAGUGUUUCCAGGCAACCGGAGCGGCGGACGGCUUGCUAUCCCCCACCUCCCCCCUGCUCGCCCCGGUCCGGCGAUCCGGUGCACCGGGCUGGCUCUGCGCUAGCUCCGGCGUGCGGUGGUGUCCGAGCGGCGCUCGCUCCACCAUGCAGUAGGAGUCUGCGCAGGGCUCCCCGCCCGGGGCUGGAAUUGGAUAUACACGCUCGGCACUGAAGAGAGGUCUCUUUUUAUUUUUAUUCUUUUUUUUUUUUUUUGGCCGUCCUCCCCGCGCUCACUCACCUCGCCGGCAUGGGGAAAGAGCAGGAGCUGCUGGAGGCAGCUCGCACGGGGAAUGUGGCUCUGGUUGAGAAAUUACUGAGUGGCAAAAAGGGAUUACUGGGCACCGCGUCCGGAUCCAUACCGCUCCCGAGUUUGCUGAGCAUCUGGCGGGGACUUAAUGUAAACUGCACAGACAGCUCUGGGUACACGCCUCUGCACCACGCCUCUCUGAACGGACACAGGGAUGUUGUCCUGAAGCUACUCCAGUACGAAGCCUCAGCCAACAUUGCCGACAAUAAAGGCUGCUUCCCUCUUCACCUGGCUGCUUGGAAGGGAGAUGUGGAAAUAGUGAAGAUCCUCAUCCAUUACGGGCCCUCGCACAGCAGAGUCAACGAGCAGAACAACGAGAACGAGACGGCGCUGCACUGUGCGGCCCAGUACGGCCACUCGGAGGUGGUGGCGGUGCUGCUGGAGGAGCUGACGGACCCCACCAUGAGGAACAGCCGGAGCGAGACGCCGCUGGACCUGGCGGCGCUGUACGGCCGGCUGCCGGUGGUCAAGAUGCUGGUGAACGCCCACCCCAACCUCAUGAGCUGCAGCACCAGGAAGCACACCCCCCUGCACCUGGCCGCGCGCAACGGCCACAGGGCUGUCGUGCAGGUGCUGCUGGAGGCCGGCAUGGACGUCAACUGCCAGACGGAGAAGGGCAGCGCUCUGCACGAGGCGGCCCUGUUCGGAAAGGUGGACGUGGUUCGGCUCCUUUUGGAGACAGGUAUUGAUGCCAAUAUUAAGGACAGCCAAGAGAGAAUGGCCCUGGAUAUUCUGAAGGAGCACCCAUCACAGAAAUCCCAGCAAAUCACGGCUCUCAUUCAAGAGAACAUGUCGGAGAAGCAGGAACAAGUGAGCGUGGAGGAGCCGGUGAGACCAGUCCCCACACCUCGGUCCUCCAUGUCCUCACCAGCCGCCUCACCAUCCCAUAAAACCAAAAAUGAAACGGUGACGGGGGAACUGUCAAAAUUAUUAAACGAAAUCAAAAUGUGCAAAGACAAAGAGUAUUCUUUCGAGGAUCUGUGCCAGACCGUGGCGUCGCACUCAGUGGAGAGCUCCUGCAGCACCAGGCCUUCGGAGGAGGACAGGAACGGCAGCCUGACCAGGACGAGCAAGAGGCCUUCGCCGCCCCUGGCCCCCGCCGCGGAGGAGGAGGAGGAGGAGGAGAGCGAGAAGAGCUGCGGGCCGGCCGGCCUGUGGGAGGCGCUGACACCCUGCAACGGCUGCCGAAACCUGGGCUUCCCCGGGCUGUCUCAGGACAACCAGGCAGUAGAGAUCGUGCCGUCUCCCUCGCUGGACGUCUUCUCUCCCGAGGAGGAGGACAACCCCUUCGAGUUCGUGGCGACUGCGGUCACCAGGAAGCCCUGCUCUUUAGACAUCUGCAGACUGUCGUCUUCCAAGACCGACAAUACACCCCACAUAGCCAUCGCUGAGCCUGAGCUCCGUAACCAUGGAAACAGCUCCACAGGUCCAACUCCAGACUGCUCCCCUCCCUCUCCAGACACUGCACUGAAAAACAUAGAGAAAGUCAUUCGCCCACAGCCCAAGCAGCGCACGUCCCUCGUGUCCUCCCUGGAGGUGCAGCGGCCCAACCACAACUACGACUACUCGGAGGUCAGCUCCUCGCUAGGAUACGCCAGCUUCAGCACCAGCCCCCCCAUCAGCCCUGCCAACUACUCCAUUGGCUCCGUCGAGGACUGCGACCUGACAGAGGACAUCCUGUGUCCGCGAGAGGCCCCCGCCGAGGUCGACAUUCCGGACGGCCAGAUCCCGGAGCAGUUUGCCGGCCUUCUGCACGGCUCCUCCCCGGCCUGCGAGUCUCCGGACAACCCCUACCAGCUCUACAGCACCGUGAGGAAGCUCAGCGAGCCGGAGCCCGUCUCCAUCUCCAGCCCCGGCCCCGGCGGCCUCCUGCCCGCCUCUGACUCCAGCGCGCUCCUGCUCCGCUCCGGCAGCGGUGCCAAGGCGCCCAAGCCCCAGGUCGUCUACCGGACCGUCUUCCACACCAAGGUCAACCAGGCCGCCCCCGGCCCCUGCCUCGGCUCCCGCAGCGUGAGGAAUGGGUACCAGCGGGUGAGCGGCGCCGCCGGGGGCUUCGAGGAGAGAGCUUGCACUCUGGGAAGGAUGCGCUCCAUCCCCAAGAACGUCCUGGACCUGCAGCUCUGCAGGAACAUCUCCAAAUCGGACUCCAACCUCAUCUCCUGCUCCCCCAUCGAGGAGGAGUACAGGGCCAGCCGGGUCGAGCCGGUCGCCAGCAAGCCCAUCCCGGUGAACCACCUGGAGAGAACGCCCUCCUUCACCGCGGAAUGGGAGGAAAUUGACAAAAUCAUGAGCUCUAUAGGAGCAGGGAUCAACACGGGCCUGGAAGGGAUUAAGGAGGACAUUCCAGGACCGCGGUGUCCCGUGCAGUCUGUGGGACAGUGGCUGGACAGCAUCGGGCUCGUGCAGUACGAGAACCACCUGCUGGCUAACGGAUUUGACAACGUGCAGUUCAUGGGCAGCAAUGUUGUUGAAGAUCAGGACCUCCUAGAAAUCGGGAUCCUAAACUCUGCACACAGACAGCGGCUUCUGCAGGCGAUCCGGCUCCUUCCCAGGGUGAGACCGGUAGGCUACGAUGGGAACAACCCCACCUCAGUGGCGGAGUGGCUGGAGUCCCUGGAGCUGGGCGACUACACCAAGGCCUUCCUGAUCAACGGCUACACGUCCAUGGACCUGGUGAAGAAGAUCUGGGAGAUUGAGCUCAUUAACGUGCUGAAGAUUAGUCUUCUGGGACACAGGAAACGAAUUUUGGCGUCUCUGGGAGACAGGCUACAUGACGAUCCACCACAGAAACCUCCGAGGUCCAUCACCUUAAGAGAACCCAGCGGAAACCACACCCCGCCCCAGCUCUCGCCCUCCCUCAGCCAGAGCACGUACACGACCGCCGGCUCGCUGGACGUCCCGCACAUCAUCAUGCAGGCGGACGCCCGGAGGAGGCGGAACGAGAACUACUUCGAUGACGUCCCCAGGUCCAAGCUGGAGAGGCAGAUGGCCCAAGUCAGCAUGCAAGGAGAGUGGUGCGAGCCCAUCACUCUGCGGCCCCCCAACGAGGCCACCUCGUCCACGCCCGUGCAGUACUGGCAGCACCACCCCGAGAAGCUCAUUUUCCAGUCCUGCGAUUAUGAAGCAUAUUACUUAGGUUCUAUGCUGGUCAAAGAAUUGAGAGGAACAGAGUCCACGCAGGAUGCUUGCGCUAAAAUGAGGAAGUCUACGGAACACAUGAAGAAAGUUCCCACCAUAGUGCUUUCGGUUUCAUACAAAGGAGUCAAGUUCAUUGAUGCCUCAAACAAGAACAUAAUCGCCGAGCACGAAAUCCGCAACAUUUCCUGUGCCGCUCAGGACCCUGAGGACCUCUCCACAUUCGCCUACAUCACGAAAGACUUGAAGUCCAGCCACCACUACUGCCACGUGUUCACUGCCUUCGAUGUGAAUCUGGCCUAUGAAAUUAUUCUGACACUCGGGCAGGCGUUUGAGGUCGCAUAUCAGUUGGCCCUUCAGGCCCGAAAGAGUGGGCAUGGCUCGUCCACACUGCCGGAGAGUUUCGAGAACAAGCCCACCAAGCCCAUCCCAAAGCCACGAGUGAACAUUCGGAAGUCUGUGGUCAUGCCCCUGUCUGGCCGCUGGUCCCUGGGGCACAUUUACACCCCCCACAGGCCUCCACACCCUCCUGUUCCUCCUUCACGACUCCAUCCUCACAAAGUUCACUUUCAGAUCGAGCAGCCGUCGAUGGAGCAAAAGGGCCACGCUAACGUGCCGUGGAUUGUGGAACCCGGGCAAGAAGCAAAGAGAGGAAUCAACACUAAGUAUGAGACCACUAUUUUCUAAUAUACACCCAAUGUCCACUCUCCUCUCUGUGUGUGCCUUUGCACUCUGAGCAGUCUCAGCACAGCGCUUGCCCUGUGGAGACCUGUGGCCCAGUGGACAGGGAGCCUGCGCUGUCUGAGUGACCUUACAUCAUUUCCUCUCCUCACUGCAUGGCGCUGCUGCGUCCUGCCCCGACAUUCCUCUCACAGUAGCGCAGCGGUGUCCCAGACGCAUGAACACUGUCCUGAGAUGUCUCUGAGGCAGUCUUGUCAGGAGGGCCUAACUCAGUGCAGUUUAGACUUGCUCUUACUGGCGACGUUGAUGCAACACUUGUAUCUGUCCGUUUUAUUUUUUCGUUCCUUCUGUUCCGAUCUUUUCUGAGCCCUUUUGGGAUUUCCGAAGCCCUCCCCGACUGCCUGAAUGAGAAUAAAACCUAAAUGCUGCUAAGAGCUGAUAUACUUUAAAAAGUGUUUUUAUGUCCUUCACUAAUGUUCUACUUUGUUUUCGGUUACCUGUGGUGACGAUUGGAGAAAAUCAAAGGUGUUUCGAUCUGUUCUCCCAUAAUGCUCACUGUAGGGUGAUCUGGUUGAAAACGUAAUUGCUGUACCCUAUGUAGCAAAUCCGACUUUCUAAAACUACAUGUUACACGUCUUUUACAAAACCUUCAUUUAAUAUUUGUCCCUUAAUUUAAAGCUGUGUUGAUUUCUUUGUGGUUUACGCAAAUUUCUGCAACCAGCACAUUGUUUACUUGAUAAAGAUGUUUAUUUUAAUCUUUCUUAUAUAGAAAAGUCAUUGUGUCCUCGGAAUUUAAAAGGAGGCUGUUCAUAUGGUAUACUAUAUUGAAACAUUAAUGAAUACAAGAACACUGUGUAUGAAAGUAACAAAUAAAAAAAGUUCUUUUACAAUGAAAAGGUUUUGAAAGAAACUUUUUGUUUUCAUUUUGAAACUCUGUAGCUUAAAAUAUCCAGUGUAGCCAAAAGCUUGGCGCCCAUGUUGGAUUUGGGGAAGAUGGCAGUCUUCAAAGCAGCAAGCACAGCAUCCCAGCUGAGGCAGUGAAUUUUCGGGGAUACACUGGAUAACUUAGAGAUUUUCAUAUACAGGACAGUGCCAGACCACCAGUUCUUUAACUGUGGAUGCAGAGAAUGUAGCCAACCAAAAACUUAAUUUCUUGCUCAAAGUAUUAAGGACUGCAGAGUAAAAUCAGUUUAAUGGAAAUGUAUAAUUUAAUGCAAGCAAAAAAAAUAACAUGACUCGUCCUGAUAAAGUAAUAUUGGUGUCUGGGUUAAUGAGCCUGUGUUUAUACAAUAUUAAUGAGCCUACUAAAAACGGCAGUGAGGCUAUGAGCCAGUAACUUUUCCAGUAACGGGACCUCGUGACAAAUUUGUAUCCACGAUUUUCUUCUUAAGGAUCGAACGGGACGUUUUUAUCUGCGCAUGACAGAGACUUGUCUUUCAGCCCUAUUUUUUGUCAGGCCAAUGGUAUGAAUAUGCAUAAUGUGAAUAGACACCAUCCAAGUCUUUACUGAGCCAGGAACAGCUGUGCAAAGCGCACGGUCUAAUGUAAUCGGCAGUGGUCACCAAAUAACUGCAGUGUCAUCCAUUUAGAUAUUCAUAUUGUGAGACAUUUUAAUGUUUAAUAUAGGACUAUUAUUAUAUUGCAAUUCUUAUUAUUGUGUAAUUAUGGUCUAACGUUGUCUUAAUGUUACAUUAUUUUUCUAUGAUAUGCUGAAACUAAGCUGGGCUUAAAAAUAGCAGCCAUCCAAAAGAAAUGAAUGUCUGGGUGGCAGAAUUUAGCUUGGGUUAAAACUGAAAUUGAAUUGUAUAAUUUAUGGUUGGACUGAGCCGUAAUUCAAGGCAGUUGUAAUCUUUUAAUACAGUAUUACAGUACUUGAACAAAUGCAGUCCUCAUGUAAAUAUUGUGCCAAUUUAUUGUUCAUACAUGUAUGUAGUAAAACUUCGCAGUAAAUAGCACUGGAAACAUGGUACCAAAAUUUCAAAGAAAAAAGAAAAAUAUUGUAUGAGGGGAAAUUAAAUAGUGGCCUCACUGCAACUAAUAAAUGUAAAUAUGCUUGGGCUUCCAGUUAAAACAAUUUUGUAAUUUUAGUCAUUAUUUAUAUCCUUGUAAAAGCACAUGGAAUAAAUAAAACUUGUACAACCAUGAA